ACAUUUUCAUAGUCUGGAAUAUUCUCUCUUAAAAUAAUUUUUGAAGUCAAAAAAAUAAUAUCCAACAAUCCCUUUUGUUAAAAUUUUAUUAUAAUUCAUAUUUACCAAUAUUUUUAUCUUAGAUAAUAUAUUUUUCAUUGUUCUUUAUCAACAUUAAUAGAGUAAAUUGUGAUCGUUAACGUUUAUAACCUCUUGUUUGGACUACGUGUUUUUGAUCAAGACUUAACUGCAAUGUUAUAUAUGAACAUCAACCUGAUUCAAUGAAGACUAUGAGUGCACAACAGAGCCCGGCAAACAUGCAAACCGUCGUGGACCGAGAAAAGAUAUAUACUUGGAUCUUGGAGCUGUGCAAUCCAGAAACAAGGGAAAAUGCUUUAUUAGAACUUAGCAAAAAGCGUGAAGUUGUUCCGGAUUUGGCGCCUAUGUUAUGGCAUAGUUUUGGUACAAUCGCCGCCUUGCUACAGGAGAUUACUAAUAUCUACGUAGCUAUGAUACCUCCGACACUCACAGCCCACCAAAGCAACCGCGUAUGCAAUGCUUUAGCAUUGAUGCAGUGUGUCGCUUCUCACCCAGAAACGAGAUCUGCAUUCCUCCAAGCACACGUACCUUUGUUCCUAUAUCCGUUCCUUCACACCGUGUCUAAAACUCGUCCAUUUGAAUAUUUACGCCUUACUAGCCUUGGUGUAAUCGGAGCUUUAGUAAAAACUGAUGAGCAAGAAGUGAUCACGUUUUUGCUGACAACUGAAAUCAUACCACUGUGUCUGCGCAUCAUGGAGAACGGUUCUGAAUUAUCUAAAACCGUUGCAACAUUUAUACUGCAGAAAAUUCUGCUUGAUGACAGUGGUUUGUGUUACAUUUGUCAAACUUACGAUAGGUUCUCGCAUGUGGCUAUGAUACUGGGAAAAAUGGUGUUGUCUCUGGCGAAGGACCCAUCGGCUCGUCUCCUUAAACAUGUCGUUCGUUGCUACCUUCGUUUGUCAGACAAUCCGAGGGCUCGUGAGGCACUCAGGCAAUGUCUUCCGGACCAGCUGCGAGACGCGACCUUCACGGCGUGCCUCCAAGAAGACAAUUCCACCAAGCACUGGCUGGCGCAGUUAAUAAAGAAUUUAGAAGCUCAACCACCCCCUGCUAGUCCUGCUCAACCAAACAUGUGAGAUUCAGCUUUAUGGAGGCCCACUACAGACAAUGCCCAAGUAGUAUUGCAAAGAGGGCUAUCCUGCUUAACACCAGACUUUUAACCAUUUACUUAUAAUUGUUCUUUUAUAGUUAUAUGAAAUUUUCUUUUAAACUUAUAUAUACUGGGUAUAUAAGUCACUAAAGAUAAUUAACAAAAA